UCAAAAAAUAAACCAGCCCUAAACCCUAUUCAAACGUUCUAUCCUCUCCUGGUAGAAGAGGAGAGAGAGAGAGGAGAGGGAGGGAGAAGAUGAUAGUGAACUGUAAUGGUAUGAUAGUGAACUGUAAUGGUAUUGCAGCGGUAUUCACAACAUGGAGGAGAAAGCCUCCGACGAGGAUUCUGUGCUUCUCAUCUCACACGAAUACAGAACAGCUGCGUGCCCAACUCGACCAACUCCAUUCUGAGGCACAGCAAGCCAGAACCAAAGCAAAUAAUGCAAGGUUAAGGUUGAUGCGAUUGUCUGAAGCGGCAGAGAAGCUUCAACGACAGGCAGCUAUUAUGGUUCAAACUGGAAGAGAAAACGAUGCAUGGGAGUUACUCUUCCAAAAGAAAAAGGUUAUGCAAGCUUUGGACAAGUCAAAGGCUCGGAUCACACUUUUCGACGAGCUCUCAUCAAAACUUAAUGAGGUUAUUUCGGUAAAGGAAACUCAGCUAAUUCAAAAUAUUGCUUCAGAUGUUGAUAUUGGCAUCAAAGAUGCUUCUAGUACGGUUCGGAUUGUGUCUCCAAAGGAUGAAGAUACCAGAAACCAGAAUAAAGAUGAUGACCUUGAGUUGAAGGCCAUGAAAUAUGGUGCAGAUCAAUUAUUGCAAGUUGAUACAGAAGGUCAAGCAGACCAACAAAUUCUUGAUAGCGUGGAUAAUCAGGAUUUUCGGAAUGAAGCUGACAUCAUUUAUAGCCUGAAAGGGAUAUCCUCUUAUGAGGACUUUAUUGAACAUCUUGAUCAACAGCUCAAUAAAAUUGAGACAGAGCUUGUCAUGGUUUUAGGGGUCUCAACCUUGCUACUGGAGAAAAACGAAAAGCCCAAAAAUUCAAAGGUGCGGCAAACAGAAGAGCUUCUUGAAGGCGUUCGUACCAUCAGAGAGAGGCUUUCUAGCAUCAUGCAGCGAGAUGUGAGGAUGAGAUAAAGCUCCAUUUGGAAUAAUUCAAUUUCCCCCUGGCAGGUAGCGAAGAGCGUUCUUAGGAUCAAGAUGUGUUCUAGGGGCUCGCAAAUGACUAAUGAGAGAGUAUGCUUAAUUCUCAUACUCAUCGGUGCUUCCAGCCUAACCCUACCUUGAGCUUACCGCAGAUUGAUGACAAAGCAACUGAGUCAGUUUGCCAUCUGCAAGCAGGAUUUCAAUUAUUUCUCAGGUUCUGAAAAGGUAAUGAACUUGGGUAUGCCUCCAUGUUUUUAUAAAAGUACCAUAGGACUUUAAACGAGCUAAAUAUAAUGUUUGGAUUCGUUCUUUAAGUUUUUAAGUGAACUCGAACUCAAGCUGAACUCAAUGAAAAUAUGACGAGCUGAGCUUGCCUAGGUUUGAGUCAAACUCGAGUUUGUUCAUGAGCCAAUAAUAUCAUAUUUAUGCUCUCA